AUGAAGUCUGCGUUGUAUUUGUGUUUGUUACUUCUUGGACUUCAAGCCCAGGGUCAACAUAGGUCCAACCUCAAUGAUGAACAGCAGGAACAAAAAAUACUCCAUUCCCCAGAAGACCACUCCCAGGCCGCUAGUGAAAACUUGUCUCAUGUCAAGAUAGCCCCCAGCAACGCUGACUUUGCAUUUAAGUUUUACAAGCAGGUCAGAGAGGAGGUGGGCAACACAAACAUUUUCUUCUCUCCUUUGAGCAUCUCCACUGCCUUUGCAAUGCUCUCCCUGGGGGCCAGAUCAAACACACUCAGACAGCUGCACAAAGGCCUUGCCUUCAACCUGACAGAGGUGGAGGAGCAGGAGAUUCAUGAGGGAUUUCAGCAUGUCCUCCAGCUGCUAAACGACGCUCACCGAGAAGUCCAGUUGAGCAUGGGCAAUGCCUUGUUCAUAGAUGAUCAACUGAAACUGCUUCAAAAAUUUUUGGAUGAUGUCACAAAUUUUUAUCAUUCUGAAGCUAUUUCUAGUAACUUCCAGAAUUCUUCAGAGGCUAUAAAGGAAAUCAAUAACUACAUAGAAACAAAAACACAUGAGAAAAUUACUGGCUUACUCAGGGAUCUUGAUUCAGACACUGUGAUGGUUCUGGUUAACUACAUUUUCUUUAAAGGCUACCGGGAAAAAUCUUUCAACAAAUUGGCCACCAGAGACAAUGACUUCUUUUUGGGUGACAAGAAUUCUGUGAAGGUCAAAAUGAUGCAUCAAAACAAAGCCUUUAAUAUCCAUAGAGAUGAGAAGUUGUCUUGCUGGAUAGUAGAAAUCCCAUACAAAGGAAAUGCUGCUGCAUUGUUUGUUCUGCCUGAUGAAGGCACAAUGCAGCAGGUGGAGAAUGCUCUGCUAAGAGAAACAGUGUCUAACUGGAUGCAAUCACUUGAAAAAAGAAAAAUCUACCUGGACCUUCCAAAAUUCUCCAUCUCUGGCUUUAAGAGCCUGUUCAAGAAAAUGGGUGUGACAGAGGUGUUCAGUGACCAGGCUGAUCUCUCUGGAGUUGCAGAAAAAACUCUUCUGAAGGUUUCCAAAGCAAUUCACAAGGCCAUGGUGGAUGUUAGUGAGAACGGCACAGAGGCUGCUGCAUUGACUGUGAUAGAAAUGGUACCACUGUCUGCACAGUUUCCUCCUCCACCUCACAUCAGAUUCAACAGGCCCUUCCUGAUGAUGAUUGCUGACAAAACCACCCAUAGCAUCCUCUUCAUGGGGAAAAUUGUGAACCCAACUGCCAAGGAAGACUAG